AUGAGUGAAGAAAUAAUCGAGAAAAAUCAUUCCCAUCAUACUGACGACGAUCAAAAGACGAAACGUCCGCAUGACGAAAAAAACGUAGCAAAAAAAUCGAGACACGAUGAAAAUGAUGACGAAAAAGAUAGGAGAAGAUCAAAAGACGAAAAACGUGAGAAUCAUCGCGAAAAGGAUUCGAGACGUGAAAAAGAUCGUAAAAGAAGGGAAAGGUCUAAGUCAAGAUCAAGGUUUUUAUCCCCAAAACGCUCGAAAAGCAGUCGACAAGAAAAGGAAAAGAAAGAAGAUGGGCAAAAUGGAGAUAAUAAUGAAGUUGAAGACGGCGAGAUCGCCGACCCUCCACCACAGCCAAAACCAUUAACUGAACGAGAGAUUAAAAGAAGACAACUAAUUGAAGAAGAAUUAAAGAAUGGAACACUUGACGAUGAUGAUGAACCAGUUUGGUCGAUGCGAAAAGCGCAAGCUGAAAAGCAGAGUAGAUCCUGCCCAUAUUUAGAUACUAUUGACAGAAGCGUUUUGGAUUUCGACUUUGAAAAACUCUGCUCCGUGUCCCUUUCUCAUCUCAAUGUGUAUGCGUGUAUGGUGUGCGGCAAAUAUUUCCAAGGACGAGGAACGAAUACUCAUGCAUACACUCAUGCGUUAGAUACGGACCAUCACGUAUUCUUAAAUUUGCAAACUUUAAAAUUUUAUUGCCUACCUGAUAACUAUGAGGUUAUUGAUCCGUCACUUGAGGAUAUCAAGUAUGUUCUGAAGCCGACAUACACGAAGCAAAUGAUUGCUAAUAUUGAUAAGCAGACAAAAAUGGCUCGUGCUUAUGACGAUUCAACAUAUUUCCCUGGAGUUGUCGGACUUAACAACAUCAAGGCUAAUGAUUAUUGCAAUGUAGUUCUUCAUGCUCUUUCGUCUGUUAGGCCUCUCCGCGAUUACUUUUUAAGGGAAGAGAAUUAUACGUCGAUUAAACGCCCUCCUGGAGAUAAGCUGACAUUAUUACCAAUGAGAUUUGGUGAACUAAUUAGAAAGCUUUGGAAUCCGCGAGCUCUCCGUAAGCACGUUUCCCCUCAUGAAAUGCUCCAGGCUGUUGUUGUGUGCUCCAACAAAAAAUUCCAGUUCAUCAAACAAGGAGACGCAGCUGAUUUUCUGACAUUCUUGUUAAACACGCUGCAUACGGCGUUGAAUGGAACCCAGAAAACAAACUCGUCGAUCAUCUACAAGACUUUCCGUGGAAAAAUGCGGCAAUAUUCGCGAAAAGUAGUUCCCGCUGAGGAUACAGAUGAAGAGAAAAUGAGGAAAAUGGCAUUGCCUGAUUAUCAGGAAACUGUGUCGGAGACCCCAUUCUUAUACUUGACUCUCGAUCUUCCACCACCUCCGUUGUAUCGUGAUGAUCAACUUCAGAAUAUCAUUCCUCAAGUUCCACUUCACGUUCUUCUUGAGAAAUUCAAUGGACAAGUUGAAAAGGAGUAUAAGACUUAUAAGGACAAUAUUAUGAAACGAUUUGAGCUUCUGCAACUGCCGGAUUACCUGAUUAUCACCUACAAGCGUUUCCAGAAGAAUCAGUGGUUUGUUGAGAAGAACCCGACUAUUGUGAAUUUCCCUAUUUGUAAUGUCGAUUUUUACGAUUGUCUUGCUGAUGAUGCGAAAGAAAAACACAAGUUCACGACAUAUGACUUGGUGGCGAAUAUUGUGCACGAAGGAAAGUAUGAGGAUGGAAGCUAUCGGAUUCAGGUCGUUCAUCAGGGAACGGGAAAAUGGUUUGAGCUGGAGGACCUUCAUGUUAAAGACAUGCUCCCGCAGAUGAUUGUGCUAGCCGAGUCAUAUAUUCAGGUGUGGCAGCUGAAUAAGGUGAAAACUCGUGAUGAGCGCGCGUCAGAAGGUGUCGACUUGAUGGAUACAAUGUGA